AUGGAUCUUUGGCUAGCAAUUCUCCUAUUUUUUCUGGGAUUUCUCCUAGUUCUCUACAAUGUAUCAGCAGAUUUCAACUAUUAUUCGAGAAUCUCAUUUUUCUACUUCACAAUUUUAUUACACGGAAUGGUUUGUUGUGUUACAAUGAUUCCAUCGUGGCUAAAAACACGUGGCGCCGAUCAUGUUUUUGAGGGUUUUUAUUAUUGGUGUAAAUGGAGUGGUGUGCAUACGACAGUUCAUAAUUAUGAGGGUGGACAAAUUGAAGGAUCGGCUGUGGUGAUUUGUAAUCAUCAGGUGAGCUUUUAACCUAUGACGUGGCAUUUCAUGAUUUCGAAUUUCUACGGGAAUUUUCGGUUUCGAAAUAAAACUAAUUUUUGAACCUGAAUUAUGGAUUUUGAGAGCCUGAUUGUAAAUAAGCCUGGCUGGAAUAUCUAAGUUUCUUUGGGCUUAAAAAUCUAAAAAUGUCAGGCCUAAAAAGCCUUGAAAAAUUCAGGUUUUCAGACCACAACAUAGGUCUUUUCAGGCCGAAAACUGUAGUUUUCAGGCUCAAGAACCUCGAAAUUCCAGCCCAAAAAAAGGCUUUAUCAAGCUGAACACUUCUCAAAAAGGUUCAGGCCGAAAACAAGACUUUAUUAUAGUCUUGAAAGAUUUUCAUGUCCAUCAAAACUCAAUAGGAAAAGUCUAGGCUUCUUUGGGCUCAAAACCUCUUGAAUUUCAGGCCGAAAACUAGGCCUUUUAGGGUCGAAAAAUCCCAGUUUUUCAGGUUUGAACUAGACCUUUCCUCACACCUCGGCCAAAAUCGUGGCUUCCACAAUAAAAAAUUGUACGCUAACUUUUUACAGUACAAAAAUUGUGAAUUUUUCAGUUUUUGUCCUCUAAAAAUUGUGAUUUUUCAAUUUUUGACCUCUAAAAACUGAAAUUCAGAUUUUUCCAAAAAUUGUACUCUGGUCAGCCACGGCUUGGCCGAGGUGUGCCUUUCCUAGGCUUUCUAUUUAUCAUUUCUGAAUAAAAAAUCUGGGUUUCUUUGCGCUCCAAAGAUCUCAAUUUUCAGCUUAAAAACAUAAAUUUUCAGGCCGAAAACUAGGCUAUUUUAGGAUCGAAAAAUGCCAGGUUCUCAGGUUUUAGACCUAAAAAUCGACACUUAAUCAAACUUUGAAAGAUGAUUCUAUAUUGAAAAAUAUUCAACAUUUCGCAUCAAAAAUAUAAAUUUAAAAAAAAAUCGUUUUCGGUUUCAAAAACAUCAUGUUUUGUUGAUCAAAAUUGGCAAAUACGUGACAUUUUCCAUCAUAAUUAACUUUUUUCACCACCAAAAAAGUUUUUUGUUGGACAAAAUGCGACUUUUUACAACACAGCCCCUGAACAAAAUAAUUGUAAUUGUUGUGUGUACUUUUGAUCGACAAAAAUUGCAAAUUUUUGGGGGAUUUUCCAAGUACCUAAACAUUUUUUUUUGCAGAGCUCUUUAGACAUUUUGGCAAUGUGCUCAGUUUGGCCACAUCGAUGUGUUGUGAUGAUGAAAAAAUUGUUGGCAUACGUACCGUUUUUCAAUUUUGCGUCAAUGUUGGUAAGUCUAUUUAAGUCUAAAUUUGAAGAUCGACGAAAAAAUCGAUAUCUUCCAGGCUUGCACAAUUUUCAUCGAUCGAACAAAUCGGGAUAAAGCUAUGCAAUCUGUGGAUUAUUGUGUUAGCGAGAUGAAGAAGAGGGAUUUGAAGGUGAGGAUGAAAUAUUUCGAAAAAUCGAGAUUCUCACACAUUUUUAUCUGGAAAUUACAAAUUUCUUGAUGUGGAGCUUAAAAAAAAUGUUUUUCUGAUCAAAAAUUUUUCAAAUUUUCAGAAUAAAAAUCAUCAAAUCUACUCUAGAUUAGAGAUUAUCUAGAUUUGAUUUCUAAAUGUCCCUGAAAUAAAAAAAGUCUGAAUUCUUGCAAAAUGUUUAAUUUUCGCGUUAAAAAUUGAUUUUUUGGCUCAAAAUUUUUUUCCCGCUUUUAUUUCAUAUUUUUGCCGAAGUACAAAAUCCAUCGAAAUUUCUAAAUUUUGAAAAAUUCUUAACGCCAAUUUUGAAACGUAAAUAUUUCGGGGUUUUUUUCUCCUACAAAAAUUCAAGAUGUUUUGAUUUCCAAAACCCCCUCAAUUCCCCCUCUUUUACAAAAAUAUUUCAUGUUCUCAAAAAAAAAAAUAGAUAUAGAACUAUUUCGAAAUAAAAUUCUUUUUGAUGAAACUUUUUUGUAAAGAAAAACAAAAAAGUUUCAUCAAAGGAGUUUUUGAAAAAGCCGACAUUUCGAGAAAAGAAAAAGGCCUUGAAGCGAUGUAAAGAUUUCUUCAAAUACAAUUUUUCAGCUCUGGAUCUUCCCAGAAGGAACGCGAAACCGAGCUGGAGGCCUGAUGCCAUUCAAAAAAGGCGCAUUCAAUAUAGCAAUCCGCGCUCAACUUCCAAUAAUUCCCAUUGUUUUCUCCGAUUAUCGACCAUUUUAUUCGAAACCUGGCAAAUAUUUCAAAACGAAUGGCGAAAUUGUGAUCGAAGUUAUGGAACCGAUUCCGACCGAAGGAUUGACUUUGGAAGAUGUUCCCGAAUUUUCCGAAAAAGUUCGACAAAAAAUGCUGGAAACUUAUGAGCGAAUUAGUGCGGAGGCGAAGAACAAAAUGGAAAAUACCAAAAAAUUGACAUAA